AUGGCAGACUUGCCACCCGCCAGAGUGCUACCAUCCCGGCCAUUCGCUCACGUGGGGGUGGACUAUGCAGGGCCGUUUCUGAUCAAGGAAGGGAGGCGGAAACAAGCACGCUCUGUAAAAGGGUAUCUAGCCCUGUUUGUUUGUAUGGUGAUCAAAGCGGUUCACAUUGAGGUUGUUUCGGACUUGACCACCGACGCGUUCAUUGCUGCAUUACAUCGAUUCGUUUCUCGACGGGGACUCCCGUCAGAUAUAUACUCGGACUGUGGUACGAAUUUCAAGGGAGCAAAUCGUGAACUCCAGCGUAUGUUUUCUGAGCCUGCAGCGCAGGAAUUGUACUCCGGUGCUAUCUCCUGCCAUUGGCACUUUAAUCCACCAGCUUCACCGCACUUCGGAGGGCUCUGGGAAGCCGCUGUGAAGUCUUGCAAAUACCAUUUGAAACGCGUGAUUGGAACCCAAAUGUUGACGUUUGAAGAAAUGGCCACACUAGUCAGCCGGAUAGAAGCCAUCUUAAACUCGAGACCGAUCACGCCACAAUCUUCCAGCCCACACGAUUUGAACCCUUUGACACCAGGUCAUUUCUUGGUGGGUGGACCUCUCGUCACAAUUGCUGAACCGGAUUUGACCACUACUCCGAUGAACCGUUUGCGCCGGUGGCAACUGUUAACUUUGUUCCACCAAUCGUUUUGGACCAGGUGGGCAUCAGAAUACUAG